CGGCUCGUUCGCCAGUUCCGGUCACGUUGCUGGGUGUUUACGCCUGGAGCCCGCCCCGGACCCCCCUUCGGCGCCCCGGAACCCCCCGGAGACCCGGCCCGACAGCCCCGCAGCCUCGCAGCAGCUGAUGGCGCCGCAGCCCGGGCGGGUGCUGCGGAACCCCAGGCGCAGCUAGCGCGGGGAAGAAGAGCGCCUCCCCCCACCCAGCCUGGCCCGGACCCAGGGCCCUGCUGGCCAGUCGCUCCCUCAGGUCCCGAAGGUGGGGCCCAGGCCUGGGUUGCCAUGGAUACCGUGUCCCUGGAGCAUCAGAUCCAGAGUGUGCAACGCCACAUCAGCUUCCUGAAAAAGGAGCAGAUGGCCCUGCUUCGAGACCUGCACCUGGAGAUCCUGAGGCUGCAGAAACGCUGCUCAGAACUGACUCAUGACCUGGAGAUGAGAGAGGCCCAAUCUCACCAGCAAGAGGCGGCGUCCCGGGAGCUGGAGAGCAAGUGCCGCGCACUGGAGUCGCAGCUGGCGGCGCGGGCGGCCGCCAACGCCGAGCUUCGGCGGGAGGUGGCGCAGCGCGAGGCGCUGGUGUCUGCGCUGCGCUGCAGCCUGCGCACGGAGGAGCGCCGCUUCCUGGAGGAGCUGCGGCGCCGCAGCCACCGCGCCACGGUGCUGGGCACCGAGCUGCAGAAGCACACCGAGGCGGCCGCCUACCUCUCCUGCCAGCUGCACGCGGCGCGCCAGAGACUGCAGACUCCGCGCCCGGGCCCCGCCGCCGCCGCCGCCACCGAGCCCCGGCCCCGCCGGCGCGCACAGCGGGCCCGCCGGCCGCCCGCCGCCGAGGCCGCCGCCAAGGGCCCGGGCCGGGACUGGGCCGCCUGGGACCGCGCGGCCCGCGCCCUGGACGACAUCGACCCCAUGCCCGAUCCCGCGCUCUUCCUCUACGCCCGGAGGCCCCCGCGGCCUAGCGGCCGUAGCCCGCGCCAGCCGCCUCCCCAGGAGCCCCCGGACCGAGCCGGCCCGCCGGCCGCGCGCAGCCCGCCCAGCGCGCCCGCGGAGCCGGAAUAGGCGCGGGGCUGCGGGGUGGGGAGUGGGGAAGGCCGGCCCGGCCUCCGGCUAGGGACGCAGCUCGGGCCGCGCACGCACGUCCCGGGGGCCGCGGGAGCCGGCGCUCCUCCUGGGAGCGGACGGAGGCGGCCCCAGCUCCCCUACCCCGCCCAACCGCCCCCGCCUUUUGUAUUGUCCUCCCCCGAGGGAGCUCCUCCGCGGGGCUGCGAGAGUGCACCUUUUUUGUGGAGAGGGCUUGGUGUACGGAUGCUGAUCAGUUCUCCACCCUGUUGCAGAGAGGGGAGGGGGCGGAGGUCAUGCCCUGCCCUGGGAAAGCUGACAAUCGUUGGACGGGAGGGGGAAGGCUGGGCUGGCCUACAAAAGGAACGCAGUGGCACUUAGCACCCCUAGGCCUCCCAGCUCCCCCCUCGGGCCUCCCCCAGCCCCGCACGGCUGCCCUGCCCGCCAAGCCUUCCUUAGAGGGGAGGCUCGAGCUAGGGGCUAGCGGCUGGACCUUUUUCCUCUGAUGCCGCUUCUCCUACCCCUACCCUGCUGAUAGGUCCUUACCGGUGAGCACCCAACACUUUAGAGGCAUUUCCUGCCAGAGCCCCUGGUAGGGAAAUUGUGACGUGAUGGAAGUUUGAACUUCUGGAAGGUAGCACCCAUAGACCCUUGGAGAGCACCCGUACAGAACGGGUUUGGUGACAGAACCUGGUCUAGAGCUGUCUCCAGUUCAGUCCUUUCCCAGGAUGCUCAUCUAAUAUUUAGACCCCGGAGCUGCGCUAGGGAAGCGAGGGGGACACUCCUGAGUCCCGUACGGACAUACGUACGGCUGUGGAAGGGCACAAAAGGCCGUCCCCUUCCGGAUGCAGCUGGGAACCUGAAGGCUGCCUUGGGAGCUUUCCUAGUCCUGUUUAUUGGUGCUAAUUUUGCCCAGCUGCACCCAGAGCCGGGAAGAAGGGCCGGGUUCUUGGAAGUGGACGUAGUUGAGAGAGGUUUGAGUUUGCUGGGGUGGGGCGAAGGUAGGAGCACAGGUUAGUCCCCAGGCUGGUCCCCUCUAGGGAUGCCCCCGAUCCUACCAGAACUGACAGUGGCCGGGUGCAUCUGUCUAGGAUAGCCAGUGGUGAAAUGGCAAAUGAGACACCCCACAUCCUAACUACUUGCCCCCAGCUCCCCUCUCCUGACCAAAGGCAGGAAAUGCAGUUCUGGUCUAGCGUGGCCCCCACCCCAAGCCCAACCCCUAGAAAGACAAACCCCUAGAGCCCCUUCCCCCAUGCCAUGCCUCCUCUGAUGGUCCUAAGUGCCUGUGAGGUCUUCCAGGGGCUGCUGAGGGAGGGUGGGGGGCAGGGAGAAGCCCUUACCUCUGUCACAAGUAGCGCGUCCUGGCAGAUCCUGUCCUGAGGCUGAGCAUUCUGUGUGUCACCCAGGAUCUGGGAGUUGAGCAGAGCCAGUCUCCAGGGGCGGUGAACCCUUCUUCCAUCACCGUCCCUGUGAUGAACAGGGGGAACCCCCAUUCCUGUCCUCUUUCACUAUGUUGGAGGGAGUGGGAUAUCCCCAAGAAUCAAAACCAGUGAGCACACUCUGGGCCCCCACAAAUAUGCUGUCCUUUCCCAGCUGAUUGCACUCAGGACUGCUGAGACCACUGCACAAUAACUGGGCCUCAUCUGGGCAUCCAGCCCCUGGAAUGCAGAUGCCCAAGGUGUGGAUGCCCUUAGGACAGACAGGACAGACAGUGCUCUCUCUCACUCAGUCUCCAUUGGGCCACAAUGUUGGCCUGGAGUCCUUGCUCUGCCCUGGCCUCUUACCCUUCUCUCCUGCCCCGUGGUUGUGCCUCUGCCCUCCGUGUCCCCCCUCAAGUGUGUGUGACUCACUGUACCCCUGGUCCCAUUGCCUCCCUUUCAGAGGUGCCUGUGUGAGGAGGCCUCUCUCCUCUCUUGGCUGCACUCUCCUGAAGGGACCCAAAGGACUGUGGGAAGGAGGGAAAGGGUGUCUUUCUAGAGCAACCCACCUAGAUCCUGAGCUUCCACAAUCACACUUUUGGGGUAAACAGGGUGACUUUGUUAUGUUGAUUCUUCUACAGAGAUGGUGAAGUACUUUAUCCACCCCCUCCCCCCAACCCUGCCCACCUACUAAAAGCCAUAGCUAUGCCUGCCUGGCCUCCCCCAGCUCUAUAGCAAUAGCCCUUCCCCUUCCUUCCUGGGUACCCAGGGUGUCUAGCCAGGGGGCCUCCACCACACCCCUCCCCCAGGGAGCCUCCGGCAGCUUGUCUGCCUCUCCCCAAGUAACCCCAUCAGCACCUCCAAACUCCUGUCCCUCUUCUAGCAACCAGAGAUAAUGACAAUUAUUUGUGGGGUGCUUGGAGAUCCCCCAGAUGAAAGGUUCUGAGUGCUGGCUGACUUGCUGACUCUCACCUGAGGUGUUGAGUGUCUGGGAAAGGAAAUAAGCCAACCCUCCUCCUCCACUUAGCAAGCUGGGGGGAGGGGCUGAGGGCUGAGGCAGAUGGAGGGUUCCAAUUUUAACCAAUUCCUCUUCCCCAUUCUUCUAGAAAUAACGGACUGAGGACUUCCCUCUCUCCACCUGCCCCACAUGCAGCAGAAUGGGACUGGGAGUCAGUAGCCUGCCCUUGGCCUAGGAGCCCCAAAUUCUUUAGCCUCCAGCUCUCUCCCUCUCCUAGCCUGGGGGACCCACACUGCCAAAGGAAAGACCACUUCCCAUGAGCCCCUGGAAUGUGUGGGUGACUAGAAGGGAAAGGAUCGUGUCUCCUCCCCGCUCCACUCUUCUCUGCAGCACCAUGAGUCCCCAUUGGGGAGGGGCAUGCUGACAAGAACACUCAGGGCCCCCCCCCAGCCCCCGCCUCGAGGUGGAGUUCCAGCCACACACCAAGUAUGGAUAGACCCAGGAAGGAGAGCUGCAAGUGGGGACCCCACCCUGUUCUGGAAGCCAGCCAGGGACAAGUGGCCAAUGCAGCAUGAGACUCUAUACCCCUGCCCCCCAUAUCCCACCCACAGUGGCCUGCAGAUUGGGGGACCACUCCAGGGCUGAAAUGGGGUAGCCCUUCCCCAAGCCAGCAGCAGAGUAGAGGUCUCCCCAUGGAGAAGAGGGAGGCCAGGAGGGUGUGGAACAGCAUCUCCUUAGUGCAAAGAGCUGGGGAUCUCUAAGCACCCUCUCCCUGAGGUGCCAGCCUUGAAUAGGGACAUGCAGGGCUUCCACACCACCUGGCAGGAGCCCCAUUGGUGGGGCAGAGGGAUCCUGCUCCAAAUUCUCUGUUGGCUGCGCUUUUUAAUCCAAUGCUUUUCAGAGUGUAUUCACUCACCUACAGAAAUAGAGCCCUGUGCUUUAGGGGUGACUGUCAUAUGCCUUAUUCUUAAUAAAAUAUCUGAAAAACACA